GGAGUCCUUUCAAAAGUUGGAACUUCAUACAAUAUUUAUGAUGAAUUGGAUAAGGAGGUCGUUGAAAGCGCAAAAGAUAAAUCGGAUAAAAUGGUUGAUAUAAAAUAUUGUGCUGAUAAUUUUAAUUCAGAUGCAGUUAGUGACGAGCGCAAACUUUGCGAAAAAUUUGAAAGAAAUUUAAGAAUAAUAUCUAAAAUGGAGGAUAAAAGAACCCGUAAGGAUAAGUGUUUACAUUUUAUUUACUGGAUUUAUGAAGAAGCAAGGAAAAUAAUUAAUAAAAAUUAUUCAAAAUUUACAAAUGCAGAUUUUAUAUCUAAAUUUGGUGAUGUGCAAAGGAAGUUCUAUAAAGAAAAAGACAUAAUAUAUUACUGCAAAUUUUAUUUUGAUGAUACUUUGGAUAAUUGGAAAGAACAGAAAAUCCUGAAUGAUUAUUUUAGAAAUUAUGAUAAAAUUAAAUUAAAAUAUCCAUCCGAUAGGGAUAAAUGCCAAAAAGUAUAA